AUGAAACGGGAUGAUCUACAAGGUAUUCGAGGUCUCGCUAUCGGAGCAGUCAUAGCAUUUCACUUCUUUCCGAGAUGGUUUCCGAAUGGGUAUAUCGGAGUGGAUAUGUUUUUCGUUCUUUCUGGAUUCUUGAUGACAAUGAUUUUUGGUUCAAAACCAAUCACAUCAGAAUCAGUUUAUCUAUUUUAUUAUCGGAGAGCCAAACGGAUUCUGCCACUUUAUCUAGCGAUUAUUCUUAUUGGUAGUCUUCUCGUAUUCAUAGUGUACCCCUCGACUUUUGUACCGAUGAAUAUGGAUUCAGCAUGGAAUUCUAUAUUUCUCUAUCAUAACAUGGCAGAACAUUCGGAUAACAAUCUGUAUUUUAAGAUGUUAAACCAAGCAGAAGAUAUCUUCACUCAUACGUGGUCACUAUGUGUCGAAAUGCAAUUUUAUCUUCUCGCACCAAUUAUCUUUUUGUUCUUGUCUUUCUGUACAACUGGAUCGAUGCUCACAGUUUUUCAUCUCAUCAUCAUUGUGACCUCACUAGGAAAUCAUUUGAUGGCAACGGAACAAGUUGCAUUCAACAGUGUCUUCUGUCGUGUUUGGCAAUUUCUCAUCGGUUCUGCUGUUUAUUUUCUUUCCGUCGAACUCAUUGAACUUGACACGAAAACCAUCAAAUACACGGAGUUGCUACUUGAAGAACAAGGAGAUUCAGAUGAAGAGGAAAAAGAAGAAAACGAUGAAGAUGAUGAAGUGAUAUUCUCGAAACCCCGCAGGAAUCUGAGUCGUUCUCCACUCUAUAUUCUACUCUGGACAUCUUUGCUCUUCCUGAUUUUCUUGUCAUUUGCCCCGUGGGCAAUUCCAGCAUCUGCAUUGAGAAUCACAUGUACAUUCCUCUCGGCAAUGAUUAUUUUGACAGGAACAUUGUGUGAAACCAAUCCGAUGAAGAAUAGAGUUCUCGUAUACAUUGGUGACAUUUCGUAUAGUCUCUAUUUGGUUCAUUGGCCGAUUUAUGUUUAUGUCAAACAUUAUUAUGAGAACCAAUUUCCAGUAUACAUAAUUGGAAUCUUGGUAUCUAUCAUUCUUGCCAUAAUAAUAUCGGAAACAUUCGAGAAAUGGUACCUCAAACUCGGCAAACAAGAGACUCUUUUUAUGAUUCUCAUAUGCUACAUUUCGAUAGUUUUGAUUGUUUUCAAGAGAAACGAAAUUUCAAGUUUUGUGGACAAUGUCAAAUAUGGGCAUGAGGAGAAUUUGAUGGGAAAAGUGCACAGUUCGUAUGAAAACAUUACGUUGAAGCAAGCAAUUCUACUGAAUAAGAAAUGGGCUAGAGAAGAGUACAAGAAUCUGGUGAUCCCUAACUGUUAUCCGAAUAAAACUGAGCAUGGAUUCUGUGAAUUCGAUAAGGGAAAUCUAACUGGAGAUAUGACGGUUUUUAUUGUUGGAAAUAGUUUGACACCGAAUCUCGGAUCUUUGGUUUACAAGACUUUCAACAAUCACGCCAAGGUUAUGUAUAAGUACAGUAAUUCUUAUUGUGAAAUCUUGACCGUUGCCAGUGAGAAGAGAUGUCUGAAAGCACACGAUACUUAUGAAGAGGAAGUUUUUAAGAAGUUACCGGAUGUUUUGUUCAUGUUGGAUAGACAGGAUAAGCUGCGUCGCCCAAUCAAAGGUCCAGUGGAGAAAGAUGAAAUAUUCAGAGAAGCGUUGGCAACAUUGAGGAAAUAUGAAAAUAAUGUGAAGAAGAAGAUUUACAUGUUGGAAUCUUACACUCCUUCCACGAAUCUUCCACUUUCAAAGUUUGCUCAAAUGUUGGAAGAAGGGAAGAAAGUGAAACAGAGUUUGUACAAAUUGGAUUUAUCCUAUCUGAAUGCCCUUCAAAGACAAGAGGAGCUGGUGAAAAAAUGCUCAAAAUGUGAAUUGAUUCGAAUAUCAGAUAUUCUAUUCAAUGGCAAUCAAACCAAAAACUAUGACGAGGAAACAAAACUGGGGUAUUAUUAUGACGGAUUGCAUAUAACUCCAUUUGCUAUGAAUUUAAUUCUCCCUCUUUUCCAAAAAGCAUCGGAUAAUUUUAGUUGA